CUCCUGGAAUCAAUCAAUACCCUGCAUCCAAACACUCAGGAAGAGAGUAAAGGGCAGCGGGUAAACAAAUUGGGAAAGUCUUUGGAAACAAGGUCAGGGUCAUAUUUAACUCUCAGGCGACGACCUUGUAUCCGCGGUGUACGCAUGCGCAUCCCUAACAGGUGAUGUAGCAUGACGCAGACGCUCUCGUUCAACUCACAUGAAUAGUACAGACUUCACACUGCAUAUAAGUCUGUAAAUGGUGAAAAUCGGUCAUGCGAAACCAAAUUUAUGAUCAAUAAUGUCAUUGUGUCGUCACGUUUUUGGUCAUUAUGAAGCACUUUGGCUGCAGGAAGGGCAGUCGCUUUCAAAGCAGAAGUAAACAGGCGACAUAAUACCAGCUGCCUAUUGGUGAAAAAAGCUUGGCAUCAAUCAAUUAAAAGCAUUUCGGCAUAGGUGAGAGAAAGUCAGUGUUUUGCAUGUCUCAAGUACGUCUCAAGUCUUUAAUCCCAAGUCUCAAGUAAAGACGUGCAAAUCCAAGUCGAGUCUCACGUCAAGACAAGAAAGGCUGAGUCAAGUCCCAAGUCAAAGGCUGGAAAUACUUUGAAUGAGGACACAUUUUACUCAACACACUCACUGAAAAACUAGAACUGAAAUACUAAAAGUAAUUUCAAGUCGUCAGACUAAAGUGUGAGCCAAGUCCUGAGUCAUUGAUGUCAAAGUCCAAGUCGAGUUGCAAGUCUGAUGAUAUUGUCAAAUCGAACCAAAGUCAUCAACAGAUCGGAGUCCACACCUUUGUGUUUAGGUAAGCCAACACUGCCUGCUACAUUUAAAAAAAAUAAAAUCAAAUUCUCCCUACUUGAAUUUUAGGUUUUGGGUGAUUUUAGGCCACAUGUGUUAAUACACAAUGUCAAAAAAGUACACAUGAGGCUGUACUGCAAAAAAGGAAGCCAACCGAGGCAAGCUAAACAGUUUUUAAGAAACAGCAUCCCUCCCACCACCACGCUUGCUAAUUUUCACGAGAAGCUGCGAGAGGCGACAGGCAAGUGCUUCGUGGACAUGGCCUUCUGGGGGGGUGUGAUUCCUGGCAAUCAGCUGGAGCUCCAGCCCAUGAUCCAGGCGGGCGUGGCCGGCUUCAAGUGCUUCCUCAUCCACAGCGGGGUGGACGAGUUCCCCCACGUGAGCAACUGCGACCUGCACGCCGCCAUGAAGCAGCUGCAAGGCACAGGAAGUGUGCUGCUGUUUCACGCCGAGAGGGAGGUUCAACAGACAAGCGAGGGCAAUGGCGAACCCAACCAGUACACCACCUUCCUGCAAUCCAGACCGGAUGCGAUGGAGGUGGAGGCCAUCUGCACCGUGGCACAGCUCUGCCUGCAGUACCAGGUGCGCUGCCAUGUGGUCCACUUAUCCUCCGCUCAGCCGCUGACCCUCAUCCAGGAGGCCAGGCAGGCCGGCGCCCCGCUGACGGUGGAGACCACCCAUCACUACCUCAGCCUGAGCGCAGAGAACAUACCCGCCGGGGCCACGCAGUUCAAGUGCUGCCCCCCCAUCAGAGAAGCCAAGAACCAGGAGCUGUUAUGGGCGGCACUGAAAGCUGGACAGAUUGACAUGGUGGUGUCGGACCACUCCCCCUGCACACCUGACCUCAAGAAGCUGGACUCUGGAGACUUCAGUCAGGCUUGGGGAGGAAUUUCUUCUCUCCAGUUUGGCUUACCGCUGUUCUGGACCUCAGCUGGUCUGAGAGGCUUCCAGCUGGCCGACGUGGUCCGCCUCCUGUGCCGAAACACGGCCCAGCUGUGCGGUCUGGGCCAGCAGAAGGGCAGCCUUGAGCCUGGCUACGAUGCAGACCUGGUCAUAUGGGACCCAGAGAGAGAAUUUGAGAUUAAAGAAGAAGGCAUCCAUCAUAAGAACAAGAUAACGCCAUACCUGGGUGUCAAACUGCGAGGAGUGGUGACCACCACCAUCGUAAGGGGACGGCUGGUGUACCGCGAUGGCUCCUUCAGCUCUGAGACUCUGGGGAAGACCCUCCUUAUCCCGCCGACGACCACCCCGGAGGGAGAGAAGACGCUGAUGUGAUGAUGAUUUUCUUCCAUCAUGACUGUUUUCAGUUGGUUAAAGUAAACACAGAUUUAGUGGAAAACCAUA